AUGACAGCCUCGAUCGCUUUCUUCAUCUCUUCGACUGGCGCCCUCCAACCGACCCCCCAUCUAACUUUGCUCUCAAAGCGUGCUGAUAUAACCCCAGGUUCACCAUUAUACAAUUGCCACGAAGCAUGCGGAGAAGUAAUUCUGAUCUCCCAAACCACAGAUUACUGCUCAAACUCGACCUUCACGACCGAUCUCAACUCCUGCUUGAAAUGUGCUCUCACAUAUAACAUCUGGCAAUACUAUGGAGAUGAUGUCAAGUCAGCGGCGAAGACAUGUAGCGAUGAUGCAACUCCCAGUUCUUCUUCCGCUACUUCGAAUGCUUCUUCCACUGCUGCUACUGUCACCACUGGUUCUGCUACUGGUAGUACGUCUUCUGCUAUAGCUGAGACUGCUUCUGCUACUUCGACGGGCAGCGCGACGGGAACGACAACUUCCGCGUCAGCGAGUACAGGCGCUGCUUCGAUCAUUGAGCAGAAUGCUGUUCUUCUUGUCCUGGUGGGGGCUCUUGCCUGGGCACUUUCGCUAUAA